AUAUAACUGCCAAAUUGAUAAUAAAAUACAACGAAUUCAAUUAAAAUUUUACCUUCGAUUGUAAUUAACUAAAAUUCUUAUUAGCACAUCAUUCACUGACAUAUCUUUUACCUGACGCAUACGAUUAAAACUGCGUAUACAACACAGAAGAAAUCGUGUUUAUCGAUAGACUGCAGUCAUCGAAGCAUAGUGUAAUUGGGUUUAUCGCGAGAGCAGACGCCGCCACUGCGUUGAAAUUCCUUUCCGAGCGAUCAGCAAAUGCGCGAUAAGAGAUCCCGGCUGAAUUAAUUACUUUCGGUGGGAAGGGUUAAUUAGAGAAGCUAUCGACUGUUCGCUAUUCGUCAUCGUCCAUCGUGGAUAGAAGCGGCGAGAGGAGAGAAACAGUCGGCCCCUGUUAUCCAUCUAACCACGGGGCAUCCUCCACGAUAACAAUCCAAGACUUGGCUUAUAAAUACCAUCGGCGAAGACCGAUCGAACUUUAGUAUACUGAGACACGUUAACCCCGUCUUGUGGCUUCUAAUUCUUUGUAAACGUUAUCUCGUGUGUCCGAUUCUCUUGCGAUUUCCUUUAGACAAAAAUGGAGAAUGAAGACGCUAGAAGCAGACGAUCUUCCUCGUCUGAGAAGGCGAUAAAUGGAUUGGUUUCUGGAAAAAAUGUGCUUAUCACCGGCGGCGCUGCAGGUUUAGGGAAUGCGUUUAUGAAUCAUUUUUUGAAACACGGUACAAACAAAAUAACUAUAUUAGAUAUUGAUGCUGAAACCGGAAAGCGAAUAGAAUCGAGCGUAGAAAAGUCCUAUGGCGAGAAAAAGGUGCACUUUAUCCACGUCGAUGUCUCCAAUUACGAACUUAUGGCUGCGGCUUUUGAGGAAGCUUUGAAUUUCAUGAACGACAUCGAUAUUGUUGUAAAUAAUGCCGGUAUCUUGGACGAACGACGAUGGGAAAAAGAAAUAGCGGUUAAUAUUGGAGGAAUGGUUUGCACCGCAUUACUGGCUGCCAAAUAUUUGAGCAGAGACCAACUUGGACACGGAGGAACUUUAGUAAAUAUUAGUCAACAUAUAGAUAUUAAAAGCACUGCUCAACUUCCGAUUUACACAGCCACCAAACAUGCUAUCAUUGGUCUUUCACAAUCUUUAGCGGAUUCUUACCAGUACGAAAAGACUGGCGUUCGUGUGAUAACUCUGUGUCCUGGUCUGACAGAAACCGCCCUCACAGUGAACAGUCCAAACAGAUUACUUUCUCGUGUUAUGAAGGCGGACUUCGUAAAAAAUCUCGAACAGCUGUCGAUACAAACUCCGUAUGUGGUAGCUCAGGGUCUAAUGUCAAUACUGAGAAUCGCAGAAUCCGGUACCAUAUGGGUGAUUGAAAAUGGUCGGUCUCCAUAUGAGGUCUAUGUUCCAAAUCCACGUAGUUUGCGACGUACUUACAAAAACAAUUUCACGCUGGCUGAGACCAAGGUAAUUACAAAAGGUCGGCCAAUUAGAGAAGUCUGUGACAAUACACGAACAGGUCUGAUGAGCUGCGCUUGACGGCACGAUGGCGAAACAUCUUUGAUCAUGAUGAUCUUCCGCGGUAUUCAAGAAGCUCUCAGACUGGGACCACUACGAUGUGUUGUCGUCUUGCCUGAAAAAGUCCCUCGUAGUAACAUACGUGGAGAAUUUCGAAUGGAAAAUUUGUCGAUGGUCGACGGAAACUAUCAAAUUGCAUCUUUUUCGAUCACUUGAAAAAUUGUUGAGGAAAAGAGGUUCAAGCUGCAGACUGCUUGGUAUUUGUUAGUCAUUAAUACAAUGUUAAGUAUUUAUACAGAUAGUCAUACAUAUAUACUCAAUGUUUUGUACAUAAAAUCAACGUGACCAUAUUUAAGAGGUUUCUUAAAUAAUUACAAUUGUUGACAAUAAUGAUAUUUGUUUUGUAAUAUGA